AUGGACCCUCUAUCCCUUCUUACUUCGGUAAUCUCAACAGCAAAAUUUCUCAUCAACUGGAUAGAUGCUCGCAAGAGCCAGGAGUGUACCCUCUCAGAUAUUCAAAACACCAUUCGUAACGUUCAUGAAAGUGUAUUAUGUUCUCUCCUGGAAAAGUCCAAAGCACAAUUGUUGGAUUCAAGGAUCCUCGGGCCACUAGAAACCUUACAUGACAUCCUACGCAGAACACAAGCCCAUUUGGUGGACUGGGAGCAGUCGAGGUUGAAACCGAUUGGCAAACUAUGGACAACCAUCAAUCCUUGGGCGAUACUUGACAGGCUCAAGGCGGACGAAAAGAAGCUCAUGAUCUCCGUGCAGAUUCUGGGGACCGCGAUGAUAGCCAUUUAUACCCCAACCCAAGCAACGAACACACGGAAGACGUUACCUGUCGACAUCUCGUCGAACGCGGAUUUGAGGACUUUCUGGACUUCGGAACUCGGUGAAGAGGUGUCCUAUUGCUCAGCGGAAUGUCUUGCGCUGGCACUAGGUCGACACCUCAACGUACAACUAAAGGCACAAGCUAGUCAUAUAUUGGCGUCAAGGCUUGAUGAAUUCGGUGUCGGAUGUGUUACCUUGGUCAAUCUUGACACAUUCAUUGGAAGACGGUCAAUUUUGGAAGCUAUUAUGGACCUAGGUGUUGUUCAAGAUGCAGUAAUCGACCGAAAGACGUCAAAUACCACUACUAUCGUGCCGCCAAUACUUGUUGUUGUCGACGACAACCCGUGCGAGACCAUGGGGUAUGCGAGAGCACUGUCAGGCGUAGAUAGGCAUGUAUUCGAAUCUACUGCAGCUGCAAAGACCUGGUUUGAGAAGAACGAGGUCAGGUUACGCCAGGCUGAUCAAAUGAAUCGACUUCGGAUAGUUUCCGACAACGUACGCUGGGAGAAAGACGUUGAUUCUUGCGACCAAUCUCGGUCCAUCAUGAACCUCAGGGCAGGCGAGACCAUUCUCCGAUACCUUCGUGGACGCCAGUACAAAGCUCCUGUCCUAAUUUUUGCUAACUCGACCAUACCGAUGACGCAAUAUGUCUGUCAAUAUUCUAACGCCGGCUCGACGCGAUACCCGGAGGUUCUGUCCAACUUUCUCGACGGUUUCGCGAACCUGGACUCAAAAGCUGACGACGGGUGGUGGCGAUCUUACGCGGUCGAGCCAAAAUGGAGCGCCAAACCACUACUGAUCUGGGUUGAUGAUGGGAUAGAUGGACUCGGAUCUAAUAUCGAGUGCGCCAAAUCUGUAGGCAUCGAAGUCGUCCCUUUUAGCACGAUCGACGAUGCGAAGGUGUGGAUUACCUCCAACGAAAUUCUACUUCGUCGCAUGGAGGGUGCCCAUCUUCUGCGGUUUAUAUCAGACAACACCAAAAUGGAAGGACCAUUUUACGAAGGUGGACCGCGACAGCUCAACCGAGGUGCUGGGAAGCAGUUUCUUGAAUUUGUGCGGUUAAACAGAUAUCUUUCCCCGUUGCUGAUAACGUGUCAUGAAAUUGAUGUUACGUUGUACGUCUGCGAUCACGAAAACGCAGGAUCGACCAGAACCCUCCAGGUUUUGCGAAGCUAUUUGUCUUGUUUUUCUGAAGGUCGGACUGAUGACAGUGGUUGGAAGGGUUGUGGUCCGUAG